AUGUCCAAUUGUCAGCAGCUGGAGAACAGACCAUGGGUCACCAGGCCUGUAGAUCCAGGUGCCAAAAACAGAGAGACCAGAAUAGAACAGAGAUCUGGGUGCCAGCGACUGGGGAAGGGAUCAUGCACCAUUGGGAGUGCGCAAACCUUAAGCUGGGCUAGCCAGGAAGUAGAAGACCUGUAUCUGGAAAGACUCCAGGUCCUAAUCAGUAACGAGCCAGCCGAGGGGCCGAAACACCCACCCCAGGGAGGAAGGUUCGCUAGUCACAGCCAGCGAGCGUCUUUCCUUCCCCGUCUCUCUGCUACCCCCGCCCGGCUCCUGACGACUCCCCUACGGCACGAUGAAGAGGGAAAUCAAGAUGAAUCACUGGAGUCAAAGACUUUAUCUGCAGAGGAUCAGGUAAAGGACCAUUCCACAGGAACUCGAGUGGUAGCAGGUCAGAUCUUCCUUGAAUCAGGGAAAUCAGACUCUCGAUCAGAGGAUGCAGAGAACUUUCACAGUCAAGAGGAGGAAAAAGAGAAUUCGCUGGAAGAGUUGAACUCUCUAGAAAUGUCAAAUCUAUUAAAUAAGGAUUUGGAAGAAGCAGAAAUACAGAGUCCAGUUUUGACAGCUAUUGGAGGCACUGCAGAUGGUGAACCUUGCCACUUCCCCUUUUUGUUUAUGGAGAAGGAGUAUGCAGAGUGCACUGCAGAUGGGAGGGAAGAUGGCAGGCUUUGGUGUGCAACAACCUAUGAUUACAAGAAAGAUCAAAAGUGGGGCUUCUGUGAAACUGAAGAGCAGUCUAAUAAGAGAAGGCAGAUGCAAGAAGCUGAGGAUGUUUAUCAGACUGGGAUGAAAAUCCUUAAUGAAAGCAGUAAAAAGGCUCAGAAGAAAGAAGCGUAUCAAUAUCUUCUGAAAGCAGCUGACAUGAAUCAUACCAAGGCAAUGGAGAAAGUGUCUUAUGCUUUGUUGUUUGGGGAUUACCUGAAGCAGAACAUCCAGUCAUCAAAAGAACUAUUUGAAAAACUAACAGAAGAAGGUUCUCCUAAAGGACAAAUGGCUCUUGGAUUUCUAUAUGCAUCUGGUCUAGGAGUCAAUUCUAGUCAAGCUAAGGCCCUGGUGUAUUACACUUUUGGAGCUUUAGGAGGAAAUCUGAUCGCCCAUAUGAUCUUGGGUUACAGGUACUGGGCUGGGAUAGGAGUCCUUCAAAGUUGUGAAUCUGCUCUCACUCACUACCGACUUGUAGCUAAUCACGUUGCUAGUGACAUUUCUUUGACUGGUGGCACAGUGGUUCAGCGAAUUCGCUUAGCAGAUGAAGUAGAAAAUCCAGGAAUGGCAAGUGGGAUGCUAGAAGAAGACUUGAUUCAGUAUUAUCAGUUUUUAGCAGAGAAAGGAGAUGUACAAGCACAGGUUGGCCUUGGACAGUUGCACUUGCACGGAGGAAGAGGAGUAGAGCAAAAUCAUCAGCGAGCAUUUGAGUACUUCAAUCAAGCAGCUAAUGCUGGCAAUUCACAUGCCAUGGCCUUUCUAGGAAAGAUGUACUCAGAAGGAAGUGAUGUUGUACCUCAGAGCAAUGAAACAGCUCUUCAGUAUUUCAAGAAAGCUGCUGAUAUGGGUAAUCCAGUUGGACAGAGUGGAUUAGGAAUGGCUUACCUUUACGGAAGAGGUGUUCCAGUGAACUAUGAGCUAGCACUGAAAUAUUUCCAGAAGGCUGCAGAACAGGGAUGGGUUGAUGGACAACUUCAACUAGGUUCCAUGUAUUACAAUGGCAUUGGAGUCAAGAGAGACUAUAAACAAGCUUUAAAAUAUUUUAACUUGGCCUCCCAGGGUGGCCAUAUUCUGGCUUUUUAUAAUCUGGCUCAGAUGCAUGCUACUGGCACUGGAGUGAUGCGAUCCUGUCAUACUGCUGUUGAGUUGUUUAAGAAUGUAUGCGAACGGGGGCGUUGGUCUGAAAGACUGAUGACUGCCUACAACAGCUAUAAAGAUGGUGAUUCAAAUUCUGCUGUGGUUCAAUAUCUUCUUCUGGCAGAACAAGGCUACGAAGUUGCACAAAGCAAUGCUGCUUUCAUACUUGAUCAGAAAGAAGCUAGCAUAGUAGGAGAAAAUGAAACCUAUCCUCGAGCUUUGCUUCACUGGAACAGAGCAGCUUCUCAAGGAUAUACUGUUGCAAGAAUUAAACUUGGAGAUUACCAUUUUUAUGGUUUUGGUACUGAUGUUGAUUAUGAAACUGCAUUUAUUCACUAUCGACUGGCAUCAGAGCAACAGCACAGUGCCCAAGCAAUGUUUAAUCUGGGAUACAUGCAUGAGAAGGGAUUGGGCAUCAAGCAGGAUAUUCAUCUUGCAAAACGAUUCUAUGACAUGGCAGCUGAAGCAAGCCCAGAUGCUCAGGUUCCAGUCUUCCUAGCACUUUGCAAGCUUGGAGUGAUUUAUUCCUUGCAGUAUGUACGAGAAAUCAAUAUAAGGGAGGUAUUUUCACAUAUUGAUAUGGACCAGCUGCUGGGGCCUGAGUGGGACCUUUACCUUAUGACCAUCAUCGCCUUGCUUCUGGGAACAAUUAUAGCUUACAGACAAAGGCAACAUCAGGCAAUUCCCAGACCAGCAGGACUGCGGCCAGCUGUGCCUCAACAAGAACCACCACCAGAGCAUCAACCACCACAAUAGCAACAAGAGCCUCAAUGCAAGAACUGGAUUUUUCCAAAAGGAACAAUUUUCAUUGUGAUUUAGGACUUUGGAUCAACGGUCCCUCCCCUAAAAGAGGCGCAAAGAAGUUUAAAAAAAAAAAAGUCUGAAAGCUGCUUAGAAUGAUGCCUUUUUUCAGGGAUAAGAAAAUUCUUUUGAAACUGAUCUGAAUGUUAUUUCAGUGCCAAUGGAAUAACACUAUGGCUUUUUUCAUGGAAACACAAGAGUGCUACUACAAAAAUGUUGCCUGCUGUAUCUAGUUCCUCUUUAUUCAGAGUCCUUUUCGUCUCCUAGAGAGAGCAGAAGGCUAGCGUUGGAAGGUUUUUGCCUGCUUGAUAGCAGUCGCCCUAUAUAAAAGUAAUAACAAUAAUUUUAUGGCCAAUUUAAGUCCAAGAAGCUGAACUAUAGUCAAACUCUAAAAAGACUAGACCUGUGUGAACUUAUAUUCUGAUCUGCAUCCCAAGUAUUUCUACAAUCCUUAUUUUGUUAUUUCUUAGUAUUUCUUACACUCUGGUCUUUUAUGCUGUCUUGGAUGGUUUAACAUGGAUUACUUAUAAACUCUGUAAAACUAAGCCAGCAAACAUGCCACUCUCCACUUGUGCUUUUUUGUUUUGAGUUUUUUUUCUCCAUUCCCCUUAGACAAGACAGUUCUCAGCAGACAGACAGUAUGUAGCCCAGGAGGCAGAUUGGGACAGAUUGGGUCUGUAAAGCUUAUCAGUUGAAAACUAUCCACACAGUACCCAGAUCUCGCAUCCUUCUAAAACUUUUUUUGGAGCCUGUGUACUUUGCAAUACUUCAUGACAUAAUAACAAAUUGGUAGUGUUCCUAAAUUAUUUAAACUUGCUUUUACGAAGAGGCUGAGUCUAGAUUGCAGAAAGCACCAGUAUUAUUGUGGACGCUGAAGAAAGGACAGAGCCAGAAAUCUCAGUGAGUUAGCUUACUCUUUUUUUUAUUUUUAGAGGUGGAAGUUCUGCAUUUAAUUUUCAACAAUCCUGUAAGUGAUCUGCACUGCAAGAAGGAAAUGUAUGUGGUAUCUCAUGCAUGCAUCUGUUUAAUGCAUCUACAAAAAAGGGCUCCAAAGAUGCAUACUCUCUACAAAAGGGCAUGGGCUUACGCCAGUGAUGCUACUCCAAAGUUUGGCUGACUGAUAAAAAUCGUAUAUUAGACUACAGCAGUGCUCUGGCUGUUGCCAACCUGGCAUACAUGAGAAAGUCAAAAUAACAUCUCUGGCUGUGCCAUCUUGAGGAUCCCUUGUAACAAGAAAAUCCAAAGAGAAAGAAGACUAAUGGUUUAUGGCUUCUUGAUACCACCAGGUCAGUGCAAAGGCCUUUUAAUGAGUGUAAAGAAUACAACCUGUGGACUGAUGUUUUUUAGACUGCAAGAGGAAUCUUCACUUAGUAACAAUUUUCAUUGAACUGUAAUUUCAGGGGUUGGGGGUGGGAAGCAGCGGGGGAGUAGCUUAGAGGCAAGAAAUGCGGAAGUUUCUGUUCUUACUUAUCAAUGGUAGUUAAAUAUUUGUUUCUGUACUAGCAUUAAACCCUGUGAAUAUACUGUCUUAAAGCUGAAUGAAAUACUAAUGAGGAGGCUUUAGCUGCUUUCUGACAAAAGCUGUUCUGCUUAAAGGGUUAAGGGCUUCCUUUCAUGCAAAUACUUUUCCAGUGGAUUGGCAGCAACAUAUCAAUACGCUUUAUUUAGAAUUGAGAUUUUAGUAUGGUUUCAUACUUAGUACAUUUGUAAGGAGACCGCUGCACAAUAGAUCUGUAGUUUGGGAAAGAAGAUAAGCAAUCCACUCUUUUGUAAACUGAAAUGUCAUGGAUGACUAGUAUUAAAAUAUAGGUAUAACUUCUCAGUACUUCAAAAUGCUUAUGCUGGUUAUAUGACGACAAAUCUUUCAUUUUAGUUUGGAGGGUUGCAGCAUGUGAUAGAGGAAUGUCUUGUUCAGUCUUAAUCAUCAUUAGCAGAUGGAACAGUAUUGAACUUAAAUGUAGUGUCUAAAAUGUACAGCACUCCCCAGCUGCCUUUCUAAGAUAUCUGUGACUUCUGAACACUCCCUCUGAAGUAUUUUUGCCUCUGUCACUUAAUAGCUCUUUUUAGCUUGGCAUGAAUAAAUUAAAGACUAUAUAGAAAAUGUUUUUCAGUUAAAUACCAUUGGUUCAUUGGUAUUGGUCUCUUAGGACGUUUAACAAUUUUGUUACUACAUUAUUAAAAUGUUUUGGUUGUUUGAUCUAUUAGAACUGAAUUCUAAAAGCUCUAUCCUAUUUGCAUGAGAAUCUCUCAUCACUGCUGCUAUGUGACAGUCUUAUAGCCGACUUUCACUGAACCUGAUGCAUUUUUACAUCCAAGAAAUCAGCAGAAGAAAACGAUUGAAGAUCAGCAAGUUAUUUCACUUUAAAGAACUGCUUUUUGAAGAAGCAAUAAGGAAGUCUUUCUCCUGCUUUUUUUCCCUUCCACCAAAUUACUACCACUAAAUUUUUCAGAUGACAUUCAUUUGAAUGAAGUGGUAGUAGUGAAAAGGUACUUACCAUAAGUAAUGGCGAGUUAACUCAGGGAUUAAAGAAAUUAAUAAGUUUUCCAAAUCAGUUGUCUACAACAUCACAAGUUUUUGUGACAAUCCCUUGCUACUCUGUUCUGAAACUUGCAUUUUGAGGGAAGUAUACUUAACUCUUGCUAGUGGUAUGUUUCUUGUGCACUCAGUUUAUUGAGCAGCUUUUUUCCUAAAGGAGCUGAGUUGCUCAGUUUACUGCAGUGAAGUACUACUCCCUUUUGGUAGCACACAGGUUGUCCUACAGUUUAUAUGCAGGAGUAUUUUAGAAGGGAAACUUGAUUUAAGAGAAGCCUUUCUGGGUAUGUUCAGCAUGCUUUGAACGGAAAAAUUGUAUUCUUGGUCUGUAGUAACGUAGGCUGGAGUCUGCCUAUUUGACCUUCCCGGAUAUACACUCUUCUCUCCCCACACCGAGAAUGGAACUACAGAGCAGUAACUGUUGUUGAUGGGAGUUUUAUAUGUAGGAAAACUGUGGAAAGAUACAGGGGAAAACAUUGUUAUGCAUCUCAAAUUAUUAAUCAAACACACUAGCUGUUCUUGCUGGUUGAAAGAAACGCUGAACUAUUGAGAAAACAGGAUUCUGGUUCAUCCUUGGUGAAACUUGUCCCAGAGCUGUCUGUUGAAAUAAUUUUCCUUGCUUCAUAUUGUCCAUCAUGGGACAAUGUAGUAGAAAAGGCCUUUGAUACAAACAUCCCAAUGAGACUUAUGAGACAGUUUUACUCGCUUUUUAGUCAUCUUCCGUAAGUCAGCUACUCUUAUUAAAGUAAAAAAACAAAAAAACAAAACCCAAAAACUAUCAAAUGUUAUUCUUUUUGGAGAAGAAUUAAAACAUGGAUUGUGAAAGGACUUUUUAAGACUAUGCAUUAUCUAGUUUCCACCUAUUAUAUGCUAGUUUAGGCCUAUAAAAGGGGAUCACGCUCACCUUUGCAAGUUGCUUCCUUUUUAGAUAGGCAACAAUGAACUGAAAUUCUAUUUUUGUUUCAGAGAAUAUUAAACUAAAAAUAUUUAGUUUGAUUUGAACUACUGCAAAUGCAUAUGGCAAAUAGGGACUAUUGGGGGGAACCCUUUGUUUUUAUCAGCUGCAGUUCUUUAAAGGGUCUUGUAGGAGUUUUGUAAAUUUAUUUUGUAUUUAAAAUCAGUAUAAAGGCUGGUCAAAUGUAAUAUAAUUAUGUAAACAAAUUCUGUUAAUAGAAAGAUGUACAGAUUCAUUUUGUACUGUAUCUUUAAUCUUGUGAAAUAAAGAUACCACCUGUGUGGUUACCAUCAGUGUUCACAG